CAACUCCCACACUGCAUCGAUUACAGCUAGCUUGAGCGACAUAGAGAGAGAGAGAGAGAGAGAGAGAGAUGGAGAACUUCCCGGUGAUCAACAUGGAGAAGCUAAACGGCGAGGAGAGAGGAGCAACCAUGGAGAAGAUCAAAGAUGCAUGCGAAAACUGGGGCUUCUUUGAGUUACUUAAUCAUGGGAUACCCUAUGAACUUCUGGACACGGUGGAGAGGAUGACAAAGGAGCACUACAAAAAGUGCAUGGAGCAAAGGUUCAAGGAGCUGGUGGCGAGCAAGGCUCUCGAGGGUGCUCAGGCUGAGGUCAAUGACAUGGAUUGGGAGAGCACUUUCCACUUGCGCCAUCUCCCCGAGUCCAAUAUUUCUGAGAUUCCAGAUCUCCAAGAUGAAUACAGGAAGGUGAUGAAGGAAUUUGCACUGAAGCUGGAAAAACUAGCAGAGGAACUCCUAGACCUGUUAUGUGAAAAUCUUGGAAUAGAAAAAGGUUACCUGAAAAAGGCAUUCUAUGGAUCAAAGGGUCCAACUUUUGGAACCAAGGUCAGCAACUACCCUCCAUGCCCCAAGCCUGAACUUUUCAAGGGUCUCCGUGCCCACACCGAUGCUGGUGGCAUUAUCCUACUCUUCCAGGACGAUAAGGUCAGCGGUCUCCAGCUACUCAAAGAUGGUCAGUGGAUCGACGUCCCGCCCAUGCGCCACUCCAUUGUAAUCAACAUUGGUGACCAGCUCGAGGUCAUCACCAAUGGGAAGUACAAGAGUGUGCUGCACAGAGUGAUAGCCCAAACAAAUGGCAACAGAAUGUCAAUAGCUUCAUUCUAUAACCCUGGCAGUGAUGCUGUUAUCUAUCCAGUACCAGCAAUGGUGGAGAAAGAUCAGGCUGAGGAAAAGAACGUCAAUGUUUACCCCAAAUUCGUUUUUGAAGACUACAUGAAGCUGUAUGCAGGCCUCAAGUUCCAGGCUAAGGAACCAAGAUUUGAGGCAAUGAAGGCCGCCACUGAAGCUGCUAAUGUCAAGUUGGGUCCAAUUGCAACAGCUUAAUUAAGAGAAAUUUUUUUUAGUACAAGAGAAACUACUUAUAGUUGUCUGUGUAGGGCAAAAGUCUGAAUUAUAUCUCUAUUCUGUAUUCGAUGAUGGUUUCCUUAAAAAAAUAAGUCGGUUUACU